UAUGUAAGUGUUUGAGUUCAUCUUCUAAAUAAUCUAUGUUCGUUUGAACUGUUGAUGUAGAACAUAAAUUUAGAAAUGUUGGGACAUGUUCAACAUCCAUCAUGCUCAAAAGUUCGCAAGAAGACCGUGCAAGACUCGUGAGUUCCUCGCAUUUUCUUUCGUACAUACCCCAGAGAGUGGAAGUAGGGGCGCUUGUGACCGAGACUUAUGGAAAUUUAAAGAAUCACGUCCGAAAUAUGACAGAGGCAAUUCUAACAGAAAGAUUUAAUGCUUUGUUUUCUCCCAGGACUGUAUAAUGCUUUGUCUGCUCGCAUAAUAAAUCGAGGGUGUGGAUGCAAUUGUUUGUUAUUUAUGAAUUGAUUCCUCUCCUCAUCACGAACUCUGCUUUUCACUUAUGGAACUUUCCGAUCCGAAUGACCCAGCGAAAUGAAGGAUUCCACAUAUCUAAAUGAUCGAGAAAGGAUUACAUGAUCGAGAACAUCAAUCAAAUGAUGAUUUGCAAAAUACACAAUAUCAAGUUACUACACUUUAAAAAAAACAAACGAACAAUAAUGGCGAUGUUCAGUAGUCCCCUGGAGAUUUACUGUCUUGUCCUUGGAUGUCAAUGGUGUUCUAUCGAUUGGAGGCAGAGCGAUCGGAACACCGCAUUGGAAACGAAUUACUUGGCAAACUUCAUGCCGUCAGCAUAUAUUUCAAGCGAUCUCUGCGACUGUAUGCAGCGAACGAUUUCAUUUAGAGUAAAUCUAUAUCUAAUGUAAUGUCAAUUUCAACAAUGGGACGGCGAUUGUAAAGCUAACAGCUGUUACAGAGGGCAGGCAGUGACAUCUAACGCGGGGAGGACACGACUGGUGAGAUCUAAGUAUUGCUGUCGAGUAAUAUGGCCUGUGAAACAUUUGUGAGGGAGUUCCAGUCCGAUUAUUUGGGUCUCAACCACGAACAACCAUUGGAUUUCCUCCGAUCGCAGUGGCCAAUCAAUCAAAAGCUAUAUUUGAUUUGCCGGUUGCUUGUUUCCUUCGCCUUGAUUGGUUGGUUUUUUGCUGACAUUAUCUACGAAUCAGAAACGUUCUAUCAGGAUCGCACGUGGACGUAUGCUGUAUACGCCACCAACUGGAGUUUUCUCCUGCUCGUCAUCACCAGUGUCUACCAGACAGCCUGCAGCUUGGUCUACACAGUCAAGUCCUCAGAUAACUUAGAUGACAGAUAUUUUGACAGAAUGCCUCUAUCCUUAAAGACGCUGUGGGUACUUAAGAACAUCAGUUAUAACUCUGCAUUUAUCGUUACAAUGUCCUAUUGGACCUUCAUUGUCUUUCUGGAUCACAGCAAGUUAUUCCAAACUGACUUGAGCAGAAUGAAGCACACUUUGAAUUCUGUAUACGUUCUACUAGAUGUGAUGAUUUCUGCGACCCCUUUUCGUCUUCUGCAUAUGUUAUAUACAAUGGUGCUAGGAUCCAUCUACGCAUUGUUCAACGCUAUGUACUUCAUGAAUGACGGAACUAUUCUGGAAGGGCGACAUUACGCUUACAAUGUCCUGAACUGGGUGAAGCCCACAGAGGCUAUUGUGACGUGUACAUUGUGUAUUGUUCUCUCUAUUCUGAGCCAGACGAUAUUAUUCUUGCUGUACAGACUGCGCGUAUGGAUACAUUGUAAAUUGUAUUUCAAGGAACCUGCCGCUGCACCGCUGGAUGAUUUUGAAUCUGAAAUGAGUAGUAUUAUAUCGGAUCAUACGAACUAUACCAUGGAGUGAUCGUCAAACUGAUAUUGAAUCUGAAAUGAGUAGUAUUAUAUCGGAUCAUACGAACUAUACCAUGGAGUGAUCGUCAAACUGAUAUUGACAAAACGUUUUACAAGUCAUGAAUUAUACAUCAUUAAUAUGCUUGUAAUUUCAAUCAAAUCAAUGACAAAAAUCUAGAAAGCCCACUCAAUUGUCUACAGCUCUGUCUCGAUCUCUUUCUUUCUCGUGUUAUUUAAACAGCUGCAUAGUGUGUGAUAUCGACUUUCUCAUUUAGUAUCAUUUUAUUAUUUUUUUUUUUAUUUCUAGAAAUGUGCACAAGUAUAACAGUUGUGUUAUGUGAAAGUAAUGCUUUACUUUUAAAUGAAUAUGUGUGAACAGAUACCGAUGUUAUUGAAUAUUUUCAUACACCUGCGCACACAUGUUGCAAGGUCUUCAAGUGGUGAACGUUUAAAACAUUUGUUAGCUUAGUAAACAAAAUAAAAGGUGUAUUCAGUGAACAGUAUUGUGCACAAAGAUUACAAUUUUGUAGCAGGCUUGGAUUUCUAGAAAAAAUCUCAAACUUAAGUUUAAGUUUCUUUUUAUUUGAGCAAGCAAACUUUGAGUACAAUUUCAGGCUUAAGUCCAAAUUUUGACUGAAGUUUUUCUCUCUUGAGAUAUCCCGGCCAGAAUGAAUACGGCAUAUAUAUACGUAGUCUACCUGUGGUUAAUGGGUCGAAUGGAACAUUAUAUAAUUAUAUGUUAAACAUAUUUCAUCCAUGAUAUCAAGUUAAAUCCUAACUUUACAUGAAACUUGCCCUGUAGCCGUAACGCAACUUUUCUCUAUAUCAACUUAGUUUUGACCCUAACCACAACCUAGAUUCUUUACUCAAACUCUUAUCCAACUUUCAUUUAAAUCAAACUUACUCUUGAAGUUUACCCAAAUCCUAACUUUAUACCCUAAAUUUUGAUGCAUAUUCGAGCCUAUUCCCACAAACCCAACAUAAUAUCAAACAUGACCCCUAGCGCUUUAUCCUUAUCCUAACUUUGCGAUGUUGAGAUGAGAAGCUAUAACGAUGUUGAUAAUGUAAAUGAUGUUGACAAGAAACUUGAAGAAAGGUUAUAACGAUCUUAAGAAUGAAAGGUGAAGAUUACGUACAGUGAUCAAAGUGAUAUAAACAUACAAUGUAAAUGAUGUUGACAAGAGAGAUUACGAUGAUGUUGAUGUAAAUGAUGUUGACAAGAGAGAUUACGAUGAUGUUGAUGUAAAUGAUGUUGACAAGAGAGAUUACGAUGAUGUUGAUAAUGUAAAUGAUGUUGACAAGAGAGAUUACGAUGAUGUUGAUAAUGUAAAUGAUGUUGACAAGAGAGAUUACGAUGAUGUUGAUAAUGUAAAUGAUGUUGACAAGAGAGAUUACGAUGAUGUUGAUAAUGUAAAUGAUGUUGACAAGAGAGAUUACGAUGAUGUUGGUAAUGUAAAUGAUGUUGACAAGAGAGAUUACGAUGAUGUUGAUAAUGUAAAUGAUGUUGACAAGAGAUAUUAUGAUGAUGUUGAUAAUGUAAAUGAUGUUGACAAGAGAUAUUAUGAUGAUGUUGAUAGAGUGCAUGACACUGAAUCAUUGCUGUAUAUCUUAUGAUGUUCAUAAAGUCAAAUCAAUAUCGUGGACAGCACAUGAAUGAAAAUCACAAAUAUUAAAUGAAUAUUGAUGACA